GCCGAGACGAAGAUAUAAGGAGACAAGGGAAUAGCAAAAACGUUCUCUCCCUCUUCUCUCUCCUCAUUCUCCCUCUCGCAUCUUGUUCUGCCUCAAACGAAACACGAACGUGAAAAGAAAAGACAAGACAAGGAAAAAAAGGAAAUGCAAAAACAACGCAAAACAUGAUUUCAUUUCCAGUGUCCCAUUCCCAACUCCAGCAUUCUCCCCAUUGCUCUCUUCUUCCGCCUUCGGAAAAAUUUCCGGAUGUUUCUUUUUCUUUCUCUUCAUAUUUCUCUUCUUUUCGGCUGUUGCCCCUGAAUUCCCACGUCGUCAUCGGGGAACUUCCGAGGAAGAAAGGCGAAGAGGGGGAUGGGAGGGCGAUCCGCGGCUUCUCGGGACGUUUUUUUGCCCAUCGGAGAAGAACAAGGGAGAGACAACAUAUGUGUGUGUUUUGCUUCCUUUCAAGGGUGAAGCUCUCUUCUGAUUUUUUUUCUUUCUCUCCCAAAACCAACCGAUCGAAGUUCUUCUCUCCUUCUUUCCUUCUCUCUACCUCACGGCAGCAGUUCUCUGCCUUUGGCGCAAAAGGCAGCCGUCGUGUCUCCUCGCAUCCCAGGGGCGUGAGCAGUCUUCUCACAGGGAGCGAUGCAUGAAUGAAUGAAUGGAUGGAUGAACGAAUGAAUGAGAGGUAGAUGCCAGAUGCAUUGCAUUGCAUUUCGAUUCAAUUCCGC